CCCUUCUUCAUUCCACCAAACUUAAUGCACUAAGGACUGCAGUUACACUCAUAUCUCACCGUGUAAAUCAGGAAAACACCAUCAGCCAUGUCCGCCGUCAGCAGCUCAAACACAGCCUUUGCCUUGGAGCUGUUCCGCACUCUGAGCCAGACAAACCCUGCUGGGAACAUCUUUGUCUCUCCUCUGAGCAUCAGCUCAGCCCUGGCCAUGGUCUACCUGGGAGCUAAAGAAGACACUGCAGCUCAGAUGGCUCAGGCCCUCUCAUUCAGCUCAGGUGAAGGCGUCCAUGCAGACUUCCAGAAACUGAACGCUGACAUCAACUCACCAUCUGCAUCCUACAUCCUGAAACUAGCCAACCGUCUUUAUGGUGAAAACACUGCCCACUUCCUCCCAGACUUCCUUGAAGCCACACAGAAGUACUACCAGGCAGACCUGAAGGCUGUGGACUUCAUCGGAGCUCCAGAGGCGUGCAGAGCAGAGAUCAACAGCUGGGUCGAGCAGCAGACAGAAAAUAAGAUAAAAGACCUUCUGAAGCCAGGAACAGUCGACAAAGAUACCAGACUGGCUCUGGUCAAUGCUGUCUACUUCAAGGGCAACUGGAAGAACCCAUUUGAUGAGGCAAACACCAAAGAGAUGCCCUUUAAAAUCAAAAAGAAUGAGACCGUACCAGUCCAGAUGAUGUACCAGGAGAAGAAGCUUCCCUACAACUACAUUCCUGACCAUGAUUUGCAGAUCCUGGAGCUGCCCUAUGUGGGUGAGGAGCUCAGCAUGUUCAUUCUGCUGCCUAAGGAGUCCUCAGACGGCUCAGACCCUCUGCUGAAGCUGGAGAAGGAGCUAACACAGGAGAGGCUGAAUGAAUGGACCAACAGCAAAAACAUGAGCACCCGUUCAGAAGUUUUCCUUCACCUGCCAAAGUUCAAGCUGGAGGAAGACUAUGAGCUGAAUGAUCCUCUGGCUAAACUGGGUAUGAAGGACGUGUUCUGUGAAGGAAGCGCUGACCUGUCUGGCAUGAACGAGUCUCUUUCCUGAAACCCAACUCCUCCCCAUCUCCACCUUAGACACCUAAGUGAGCACUUUAUUCAAAGCCCAGUCUUCAUCUUCACCACCACAAUCUUCGAGACUCUGGGGGAUACUGGGUAGAAUGAACAUGCUGAGCUUUUUUACCCACAUAGGGCAGCACCAGCAUCUGCAUAUCUUGGUCAUGGAUUGCAGUUGAAAGCCGGCUUCUCCUUCUUCUACAUAAUCUGGACUGGACAGGUGACUAAUGAUGUAAUUUAUAUCUGUAGUGUGUGCUACAGCCCUGCAGGCCUGAGCAUCAUUUAAGAAAUGUUGAUACUGAACAGCAGAAGCAGUUCAGUUAAUCAGAUAUCAGUAAAGUCUGUGAAGCUCAGUUGUUAAACAGAGAUAUGGAGAAAUGGUGUUGAACGCCGUCUUUAAUACAGACCCUUUCCAAAAAAUUAGAAUAUAAUUGAAAAGUUUAUUUUCAUAAUUCCAUUCAAAACAUUGAACUUCCAUAGAUUAUAGAUUCAAGGCCCAGAACUUACACGUUUUCAAGUAUUUCGUUUUUUUAUUUGUACAUAAUUUGGGCUUCCAGCUCAUAAAACUCACACCUUUGUCUUCCCAGAGCUUGGGAUUACCUUUUUGACUCCAAUAUCAACGAAGCGCACAGCGUUCCUGCUUUCAGGAACAGUUGGAAUUUUUAAGAUUGCGCAAACCAUUCAGUCAUUUAAAGACCUGUGGUCCGGUGCAUCCUUCGUGGAACACCAUAUCCAACACUUCAUAGCGCAGCCCAGUUUCCAACAAUGGUGGCAGCCACUUAGUUUUAAUAUUGCUCUUAUUACUCUUUCCGGGUCACAAAAUAAACUUUUAAGAUAUUUUCAGGCAACAAUGUAGCUGUGUAAACUUCAAAUAUCUGCUCGGUUUAUCAAGACAUCCCAUAUUUGCAGAAGUGCUCUGAUGCUUUCGGAGAUGUCUAUUACCCAUCAGCUAGCCAGUGUUCUGGGAAUCCAUCCUACCUGACAAACCAUCCUACCCGUUGUUUCUGCGCAUGCGCACAACAUGAAAUUAAGUGGCGAACCAUCCUGCCUUUGUGAAUAUGUGCUACAAGCAUACUGGCUCAUUAGAGCCAGCGAGAACACCUCACGCUCGGCACGUCGUUUUCGACCCCGCGGUCUUUCGCUAUGACUAUGGGUUAUAAAGUGUUGACUACAGCAGCCUUUGUUUCCUCCACUUUGACUUAAGCCAAGGUAAGUGUACCCCCCCACCCCCGUUAGUGUUGGACGUCACUUUUUUCCACGUCUCGUUUUAAUUAAACUAUUAAGAAUUGACAGUACACUGUUUUCGCUGCCUCUGCCUUUGCUAGCGAGAGACAGAGAGAGGAGUUUAAACACUGCUCCAAACAGAACUUUAUUGUUUCGGAGACGGCGAAAACAGUGUACAGUCGAGUCUUAAUAGUCUUAACAAUUUAAUUACAACUGGGCUAGAAAAACAAGUCCAGCAUUAACUGCAGCCUCGUCCUCUCGUCUCUCUGUAUGCUGCACUGCAUAUAGCAGUGAUCACAAUCAAGUUCACUUUGAUUUGACUUGAAAACCAGCUGUAUUCCGUUUGGCUUCUUCUAGUGGUAUGCAUGGCAAACUACACUUACUGGGCGUUUUAUUCCCUCUAGUGGUAUGAAUGGCAAACUACACUCAUGGUGCAAUAUGAAAGGUAAACUCAUGGCGCGUUAGGCUCCCUCUAGUGGUGUGAAAGGCAAACUACACUCAUUGGCAGUAGCAUAGGCACGUUUAAAAUUUCUUCAGAAAUUUUCGCUCUCUGUUGUUAUCUUGUUGUAUCUCUGUUGUGGCCAGUGCUAUCCUCUAUGCUGUUGCAUGCUGGGGCAGCAGGUUGAGUUUCACAGAUGCCAACAGACAAAAUAAACUGAACUACAAGGCCAGUAAUGUCUUAAGGUAAUGUCUGAGAGGAGAGGCAAAUGUUGUCCAAGAUGAGGACAAUCAUGGAUAAUACCUCCCACCCACUCCAUGACGUAGUGGCUAGUCACAGGAGCACGUUCACUGAGAGACUGAGUUUACCAAAAAGCACCACUGAACGACACAGGAAGUCAUUCCUGCCUGUGGCCAUCUCCCUGUUCAAGUCCUCCAUCUAACACACUGUAAAUACUGCAAUAGUUACACCCUUUUUACAAACGCUCUUUUCUACUCUGUAAUAUUCUUGUUAAUUUUCUUAAUGUUUAU